AUUUGAUAAAGGACAACACUAGGCGACGCGCCGCUUGCUAAUGUCAAAUUUUGCUUUCAUCUUGAUAUUGGCGAAAACAUUUUUAUUUAUUAUUAUUUAUAUGGUUACAAUGCGACCAAAAGGUGACUAGAAAUGGACCAACAAUUUUCAUUGUCUUGGAACAAUUUCCACGGAAACUUAAGUAAAGGUUUUGCUGGAUUAUUAGGAAACGGAGAAUUUGUCGAUGUAACAAUUGCAGUCGAAGGUCAUUUGCUACAAGCGCAUAAAGUUAUACUAUCAAUAUGUUCGCCUUACUUCAAAAAAAUGUUUCAAUUAAAUCCGUGUCAACAUCCAAUUGUCGUUUUACGGGAUGUCACACACAAGGCAAUGAAAGAUUUAUUGCAGUUUAUGUACCAUGGAGAAGUCAGUGUCAAAAGGGAAGAUCUCACUAGCUUUAUAGGCACUGCUGAAGUGCUGCAAAUCAAAGGUUUAACUAAUAAAGAAACCGAGGAGGAGGCAUUUGAUGCUGAUAAAGAAUUAACAAAACAAAACGUAGCAGCUCAAAACGACAGUCCAGAUGCAGAGUCUUGUGCAUCUGAUAUGUACGACACAACUACUAAUGAAAUAUCUGAUAACAGUGACAUAGAUUUAAUAAAACAAAGACAAUUUAUUGAAAAACUGCAAAGGCUGAGUAGUUUAAAAAGGAAAUCAGAGGAAUUCCUUCAGAAAAAUUAUUAUACAGAUAUUAUCAAUUCAGAAAAAAGACCUAAAAUUUGUGACAAAAUAUCAAAUAAUAAAUCGAAUAAUCAUUUAAUGCAAAGCAGUAACUUUGAUAAAGUUCAAAGCAUUUAUGAGGAAAAUCCUGUAGAAAUAACGACAUCUUUAAACCCAAACAUUCAAAAACAAGGAACAGAUAAAGAAGCUUCGGAUAAUAGAAAUAAUCAAUCAGUUAUAGAACAGGUGAUGGAAUUAAAAACAGAAUGUGACGACAGUGAUAUUAUAGUCUCAGAUCCAGCUGUUUGUACAACUCCAAAGGGCUAUGAAAACUCAAGGGACUUAAAGAAAGGAUUAAUUAUUCCCCUGGAAUACCAAUCGCCUCAGGAAAAUUGUACCGGGUUGAACUCAUUAUUUAUGGAUCUUAAAAAUCUAGUUAACGGUAAAGUAACUAACACCUUGAAGACUGAAGAGAUUCCAAGAUAUGUUAUGGAACAUCGUCUUGUUACCAUUCCACAAAAGGAAGAUGGAAAAAAGAAAUACCCACAACGAUCUUGUAGGCUUUGUUGGAGAAUAGGCAAGCGGCGUGAUACUCGAUUCAUGUGUAGUGCUUGUGAAUUACCAUUUUGCAAAUCACCAUGUUUCGAAAUACAUUUUAAUGACAUGUUUAAAGUGUCACAACUGCAAGGAGAUUACUAUGCACCUUAGAUUAUAAGUUUCCUGUUUGCUUAUACCUGUGAAGAGACAUUAAUUUUAAGAAAAAUAUAUUUUUAUAAUCACAAGUGAUACUGCAAAAGAACAAAAUCAAUGAAUCAUAGAUUCAGUAAAUUUUGGGACCAAAUUAAAAAUUAUUGAAGAUUUUAUCCUAAAAUUUAAAGUUACUAUAAAAUAAAUCGAAAAACUAUAUAUUUGCAUUUUAAGAUUUUUAAGCACAAUAAUUGUCAGUAACCUGUGAUACUUAAAAUCUGCUCUAAGGUGCCAACAUUAUGUAUUGCUUUUAUUUUCAUUAUGUAUAAAAGAUUUGUGCCAUCAAUCCUCUGCCAUAUUUUCAAGACUUUAUUGCUCAUAUUCUAGUCUAUUUAUUGUAUUAAGUAAUAAUUUUUAUAAUAAGGAACUUGAAAUUUUUACUCAUGUGAUGGUAGAAAUGCACAUCUUCCCAGUGAUUUACACUCAAUACUGUAACACAUUUGUGAUCUCUGUAUUGGUAGAGCUAAUUUUUAUAUCUUUGUAGUAAGUAAAUUUAUAUUCACAUUCCCAAAUGUGAUAGCCUUUUUUUAAAAGAAAGUGGCUAAAGUCUUUUAAGAAUAUUUUUUAUAUGAUAUGCUAUUUUUGUAGUACUUGUGUGAUGUUUAACAUAAAGUAUACUGAGUGUUUUUAUGGUUAAUAAAUCAUGUGUACAGAA